GUGUUAAUCCCCUCGCCCCCAGCGUUUUUUCCUUAAUAAAUUAGCGAGCGAGAGAGCUAGUAAUACGUAUCCCUCCUCGUGCAUCUCUCUCACACACUCUCUCGCACAAACUACAUCAUUUGGGAUUUGCUGCAGAAGCAGCAGCUAAGAUAGCUAAGCUAAGCUAAGCUAGCCUCACUCCAUGCUCACCACUUUCUCGGCUUUCUCCCAGGAGGGUAGAGGAGUAGCAGCUACUAGCGGUGGUGGUGGUCCUUUCACCGGGUGGUGCUCCUCCCGGCGGCGGCGGCCGGAGGCGCCGGCAGCCAUGGAUCGGUACAACGGCGGCGGCGGCGGCGGCGAGGAGGGGGAUGAGCAGCUGGACCUCAACCUGUCGCUGCAGCCGUCGCAGGCGAACGAGCCGCCGGGGUACUUCACCUGCACCUACUGCGACAAGAAGUUCUACUCGUCGCAGGCGCUGGGCGGCCACCAGAACGCCCACAAGUUCGAGCGCAGCGUCGCCAAGCGCACCCGGGAGCUCGCCGCGGCGCGCCGCCAGCAGGCCGCCGACGAGGAGGCGCGGCGAGGGGCAGGGACCACCACCACCAGGGAGCCCACGGGCAAUGCCUCGUCGUCGUACCAGAGGGCGUCGCCGCCGGCGGAGGCUCGCCGCCGGGACCUCCUCACCGACGACAUCGACCUGUCCCUGAAGCUAUGAUCGAUGAUUAGUUAAUUUUCUCGGCGCCGGCUCCGGCUGUGUGGCUGGAUUCCUGCUUGUAUAUGUGUUCUUGUCACUGCUGGAAAUCUCAUAUGAUGAUCAAUGAAACGAAAUUAAUCUCAUCUUAA